AUGUUAAAGUUGUACCCUCUAAUUUUGUUAUGUAUUUUCUUAAAAUAUCCUCUAUUCAUUUUAAAAGAAAAUAUUUUUGAAAAUCUCUCGUUUAGCAAGAAUGAAUGCUUAAAAGAAAAAGACGCGCGUUAUUGUAAAUCUGUUUGUCGUUUAUUAAUAGAAGACGACAUUGAUUUCUUUAAUAUAGAACAACUUAAAAAUUUAUUAUAUUUUCAGUCGAAAUUAGAAAAACAAAUAAGAAGAACACAAAAAGAAGAAAACAAAUUAGAAGUAUUAAAACAAGCUGUUAAAAAUGGUAACUUCAUUGGUUACCUUCACUUUGAUCAAAAGGCUAAUGAAAAGAAAGAAAACUAUGAUACGAAUAUUGAUAAAAAAGAAGGAGUAAAAGGAGAAGAAAACAAAGAAAAUGAUUUAAAAAAUAUUGAGUAUGGAAACCAAAAAGAAAAAGAAGUACAAAUUGAUCAAAAAAGUAAAAAUAACAUGAACAGUGAAGGUGAAAUAAAAGUGGGGGAGAACAUUCAGCUGAAUAAAAAUUCUUUAGCAAGAAAUGAUCCCAUAAUACAUGAUAGAAAUGAAAAUGUAAAUGAAAAUCCAAAUGAAAAGGCAAACAAAAAGGAAAACGAAAAGACAAACGAAAAAUUAGCUCAAAACAAAAUAACAUACGAACCGCAAUCGAGCAAAGUAUUAGAAAAAACCCAAGCAGAUAAAUUCAUAAAGAAACAUGAGCAUCUAAAUAAUUCAUCAGAUUUUGGAAGUCAAAAUAAAGAAGAAGGAAAAUAUACUAAUAAUUUUAAUUUAAACAAAGUCUUAAAAGGUGCAGAUUUUUCUAAUAAACUCGAAUUACUUAAAAAUUAUAUUUCUUUUCAUAAUGAAGCAGAUAAUAUAGGCCAAAGUUUAGCAUCUAAGGAGCAUUCAACUAAUGAACAAAAACAAGAUAUAUAUGCAAAUGAUUUAAAAAUAAAUAAAGAAAAAAUAAUUUAUAAAAAUACACAGGGAACAAAUUUUAACCAAGAUAUAAAUAAUAAUAUAAACAAAUAUAGGGAAGAAGACGAAAAUGUGAAAUUGGCAAUGUCUAAUGCAAAUGUAGAAAAAAAGGAAAAUGAUACGCAUGAUCAUUUUUAUAAUACAUUUAAAAAUGAUGAUGAAGAAAAAACUAAUAUUCGUUUAAGAGGAAAAUAUGCUAAGGAAAUGCUUGAUGUUAACGAUUUAGUAAAGUAUAUGAAAAAUUUUUUGGGUAUAAAAUCAAAUAUACAUGAAAAAUUUGAACAUGAAAAAUUAAUACUAAAAAACUGUAAUUAUGAAUCCUUUGGUCCAGAUUACUGUAGCGUUAAUGAAGAAGCAAAAGAAAUGUUAUGGAAUUAUGAAAAAAAAAAAAAUUCUGCCUUUUUAUUUAUAAUAUUAUUUACCUUAUUUUUUAGUCUGCUCAUACAAAAUGUGGUCUAUUAUAUUGAAAAGAGAGUAAGAAAUUCUAAAGAUCAGUUUAGAAAAGAUUUACUCAAUACAGCUUUUAGACAAAUAUCUUUAAUUACAAUAAUUAACCUCACAAUAUGGGGUAUUCUUCAGUCAAAUAUUGCUGAAGCGCUCGAUGCAGUAAUUUUUUAUGAUAUACUGCCACAACAAAGAAAUGUUGAUGAGAUCCUGCAUAAUGUUGAACCACUACUAGAAAUUAUAUUUGAAAAAAUUCUUUUCAUUUCCAUGAAUUUCUUAAUAUGUUAUUCGCUAUUUAUUAUAAACAUACAUUUCGUAACAAGAAAAAUAUUGAAGUGGUUUUCCGAAUCAGAUAAUUGUGACAUAUCAACUGUAGCAAAGGAGUUGAAAGAAUAUAGAGAAGGGUGUUUCAAGAAUCUAUUUUUUAUUUCAAGAUAUGGUAGAAAUUCUAAAUAUUUAGCCCACAGAUAUGAUUUUUCUGAAAAUGUGGAUGCUAUAAGUAUUCCUGGUCUAGACCCCAAUGGAUAUUAUUACUAUGAAUAUAUGAGAGCAUGUUUAUUGAAAUAUAACGUCAAGCUGAUAAAAAUACCUAAUGCUGUUAUAUUAUUUUUAGUAUUCUCAUGUAUUUCCUUAAGGCCAUUUUUUAACAUAAGACUUAAAGCGGAAGUUAUUUUUUUAAACGGAUUGUCAUUAGUGUGUGUUGUUGGGCUAAUUCUAUUGUUCAUUUACUUGUAUAGAAUAGACAGGAAAUUGCUACCAAGGGAUAUAUCAAAAUAUUUACUAAAUAGAUAUCAUAUUGAAACAUGUGAUCAAAACAAAAAGGAUAUUACUCCAUAUUAUAAAUUACUAAAACAACAAUCUGUGUACCCCUCAACAAUAAAUUAUUUUCUCUAUAAAACAACAUUCCCCAACAAACAUGAGCAACUGUUUUUUUUAUGGGGUAAUGGCCCCCCUCUAAUUAAUUUUAUUUUUCAAACGUUGUGCUUCUGCUUUUUAAUCAUAUUAUCUUGUUGGAUAUUUUUAUUAAGAGUCGAUAAUAUAACAUGGUUUCAAUUAUAUAGUUAUGGCAGUUUGGCUAUUUGUGUAUGCAUAGUACUUUUCUUAUUUAUGCUAAAAUAUAUUAUUUAUUACAAUAUUAUGAUUAGCAAAACGGGCUAUUUAAUUGAUACUAAAUUGUUGGAGAAGGUCUGGGAAUUUGAAAGAUCAGACAACAUAAAGAGAAUAUCUGAAUUUAUUGAUGCUAUAAAAAUAAAGGAAAAAAUGUUUAGUAUUUGGAUAGGACUGGAUGAGGAAAACAGAGGUAUUAUCGAUUCCGCGAAAAUUUUGAAAUUCCUAAAAUCACAAGGAAUUAACUUAACGUCAGAACAUGAUAUCAAAGAGUUUCUGGAAGUGUUUGACAGAAACAACAAAAAUGGCCUAAACCAGGAAGAGUUUUUCGUUCUCAUUAUCAUAGUCAAACAAAUUUUAGUCGAACUCUUAGAUAUUAAUGCUGUUCAGUCUUUGUUUGAAGAAGUCUACGGAAUUCCAUGGAAUUCGCUAUCGUCAAUUGAUGUUAACAGUUUAAAGCGAAUAUUAUCAGAACUAAAUUUACAAUGGCCACAUGGAAAAAUUCGCAAUUUAAUUGACUUUGUGUGUGAAAAUAAAAAAACGAAAUAUGUGAGUGCAGAAUACUUUAUUAAACAGCUGAUAAAUAUCGAAGAAGUAACGUUGCAGCCCUUUCACUCAGUUUCAGACACAAAAUAA